AUGGGCAAGGAGGCGCUCAAGAUGAAAACUAGUCGCACCAUGUCAAAAAUUCACGCCUGGCCCUUGGGCGGCGACAAGUCCAUCCAUAUCUUUGGGCGUCAAAAUACUGAUGACAGUGACGAUGAGAAGAUGUACACAGAUCCUAGAAUCGCACAAACCAUCAUGGACAUUGCAGCCGAACAAAAAGAACACCAAAACCGUCAUCGGGAUGAUGAAGAAGAAAGCAUCCAGAAACUCAAGAUUGGUCUGGCGGGGAACGACGAUCAUAUGGUAGAGGACUAUGAUUUGGAUAUCGAUGAAGACCCAUGGAUCAUCCGACAGUUCAUACCUGAGAAUCCUACACCACUGCCAACACUAGCCGAUGAAUUGGCGGUUUACGGCACACAAGGGCAGAUUCUCAGUCAUUAUCAGAGUGGCAAACUUCCAAAAGCGUUCAAAAUCAUUCCUUCGUUGACAAAUUGGGAGGAAAUACUGCAAUUAACGAAUCCCAAAGGAUGGUCACCCUCGGCCACCUAUGAGAUAACGCGUUUAUUCAUGUCUCACUUUCGAGCUGUGCAGUCGCAAAGGUUUUUCGGUCUUGUGUUGCUGGAUCGGUUUCGAGAGAAUGUUGCGUACGAUGAUCAGUUGCACCCGCACAUGUAUUCGGCAUUGAAGAAAGCGCUUCUUCGACCCAUCAUCUUUUUCAAAGGGUUCCUGUUCCCGCUGUGUGAAUCGGGCAACUGUAUGCUUCACGAAGCGGCCAUUCUCGCCAAUUUACUGUCGCAAAUCCAGAUCCCCGCCAUUCAUUCCUCAGCAGCCAUUCUGCGUUUAGCUGACAUGAUCUACUCACCACCCAACAGUCUUUUCAUUCGCGUCUUGCUAGAGAAACAAUAUUCGCUUCCUCAUCGCGUAGUAGACGCACUUGUCCUUCACUAUUUGAGACUGGCCGACCAUCCCUAUACUAUGCCGCGACUGUGGUAUCAAUCGCUCCUAGUGUUUGUCAAAGGAUAUCACGGAGAUAUGAUUCCGGAACAAAAGGAUGGAUUAUUAAGUGUCUGUGACAAGAAACCGCAUGCCAUGUUUACCCCUCGCAUUCGACAACAGCUGUUUUCUACUUAUACCCCUGAAGCAGGACCCUGCAGUCCCUUGCCUCACCAGCAACCCUAAAUUAUAAAUUCAAAAAAAGACACUGUCAUACAAACACCCGGGCCCUUGCUUCAGAUAAAUACAUGCUUCAUUUUCCAUUCCAUUUUUCUUCAUCAAGUACCAGCCAAGCUUCAUAAGAGCUGGAUUUAAAAUGAUGGUUUCCACCUGUUUAAUGUCACACAACCGUUUUGAAUAAAAAUAAGAACGGGAAAAAAG